AGCUGGUGUAUCCAACCAAGCCGAGAAUAUCCGGACCGACUGACUCGAAAGAUUGCCCCUGAACUACUUACGCCCUUGCUGUGACAAUCGCCGAUAUCGCUACGCCUUGCAAAUGACAAAUUUGUCAGCCGGCAUUCCCGCGCUAGAUUCGUAAAUUGGUCAUCAAGUGGUGAUGGAGGGUCACCGCCAUCCACGUCCAUAGCCUGACCAGAGGCCACUGAUUCCAAUCAAUCGGCUAAAAUCCCAGCAAGGAUUUAACAGUUGUUCAGUGCCUACCGAGGUUGGCAAGGAUAUUCUGCUCGCCUAUUGCAGCACCACUACGUACCCAUCAUGCCUAAUUCACCUACCAUGGCCCUGGGAAGAGAGGUCAAAGACACGCAUUUCCUCUUUGCGGACGACCAUGUCAAUCUCAACCAGGGUGCCUAUGGAUCUCACCCGCGCCCUGUCAGGGAUGCACUGCGCCAUUGGCAGGAGGAAGCCGAAGCUCGUCCCGACAAGUUCAUUCGCUUCACAUUCCCGAAGGUGCUGGACGAGAUCCGGCAGCAGGUCGCUGAUUUCAUCAAUGCCGACGUUGACGGGACAGUCUUGGUGCCGAACGCGACUACUGGUCUCAACACGGUCCUGCGGAACCUGGAGUUUCAGCCAGGGGAUAAAAUCGCAUACUUCACGGGCGUCUACGGUGCCAUUGGAAAAACCGUCGACUACCUUGUCGAAACUACCCCCGUCUGCGGCGUCGAAAUUGACUAUGACCCUGUGCAGGACGGAGAAGAGGAAAUCAUCUCUCGCUUCACGCAGUGCAUCAAGGAGCACGCUGGACACAUCCAGGUGGCAAUCUUUGACACUGUCAUGAGCAUGCCGGGUGUGCGAAUGCCCUUUGAGCGACUGACGAAAAUCUGUCGUCAGGAAGGCAUUUUCAGUGUCAUUGAUGGCGCUCACGGGAUCGGUUUCAUUGAUCUGAACAUUAAAGAACUUGAUCCUGACUUUUUAGUGACCAACUGUCACAAGUGGCUCUUUAUCCCUCGCGCAUGUGCAGUAUUCUAUGUUGCCGUUCGGAAUCAGCACCUGAUGCGAUCAUCCAUCCCGACCUCCCACGGCUUUGUGCCGCUGCCAACAAACAAGUCGGCGUAUUUCAACCCCAAUCCAUCCAAAGCUCGGAACGCCUUUGUUGCGCAGUUUGAGUACACUGGAACGAUUGACACAGCCCCUAUACUGUGCAUUCCUGCGGCCCUGGAAUUUCGCCGCACCGUCUGUGGAGGGGAAAAGGCUAUCAGAGAAUACUGCGUCAACCUAGCCCUUGCUGGUGAAAAGCGAGUCGCCGAGAUUCUAGGCACAGAUGCGCUGCCGACGGCUCUAGACAAACGAGUCGGGUUCGCCAACGUCCGCCUACCUCUCAAGGUUCGAAGUGAAAAAUCGGCCUCGACUGAGGGCAUUCCAGCCAGAGACGUCGGCGCCAUCAUCAACUUUAUGUUUCAAAAGUUUACGGAGGACUAUAAUACGUUCAUAAACGUUCUCUAUUUCUCAAAUUCUCUCUGGGCGCGGUUAUCUGCCACGGUUUAUCUAGAUCUGUGUGACUUUGAGUAUGGCGGAAAGAUUCUCAAGCAGGUUUGCCAGCGGGUUGAAGCUGGAGAAUACCUAGACGGAGACAGUUAAACUAUCAAUUACGUUCACAAAUCAAAUUUUCC